UACGCCAAUUCAUCACCUUUAAACAAAAUUUAACCAAUGGUUAACUGUCGGGCACGAGUAGCGAUCGAGUCCAAAUUUCCUAAACCUAAGUUAGAGUCUCGUCCUUAGUUUUCCGGCCCAAAGUUCACAAGAAGAGAAGACGAAGAAAUUGUUGCCGAUUUUCUAGUCCGACCGUCUCCGUUUAAGAUGGAUUACGAGAACAAACUCGUCCUAGCUCCCAUGGUUCGCGUUGGAACGUUACCGUUUAGAUUAUUAGCUUCACAAUACGGUGCAGACAUUACCUAUGGCGAGGAAAUUAUUGACCAUAAGAUGAUCAAAUGCGAGCGUAGAUUAAAUGAGCAUGUAGGUUCAACUGAUUUUGUUGAGAAGGGGACAAACAAUGUAGUUUUCAGGACCUGCAGCCUAGAAAGAAAACAUGUAGUUUUUCAAAUGGGUACUUCUAAUGCUGCGAGGGCUCUGAGUGCUGCUCAGUUAGUGUGUCGAGACGUUGCUGCCAUAGAUAUCAAUAUGGGUUGCCCUAAGUCAUUUUCUAUCAGUGGGGGCAUGGGUGCGGCACUGUUGAAUAAACCAGACCUUAUUCAUGAUAUUUUGACAACAUUGAGGAGAAACUUGGACGUUCUAAUUACCUGUAAGAUUCGACUUUUAAAUUCACCUCAGGAUACAGUGGAGUUAGCUAGACGAAUAGAAACUACUGGUGUUUCAGCUCUUGGUGUUCAUGGAAGAAGAGUUGCAGACAGACCAAGAGAUCCAGCUAAAUGGAGUGAGAUUGCAGAUGUUGUAGCAGCAUUGACUAUUCCUGUUAUUGCAAAUGGUGAUAUCUUUGAGUAUGAUGAUUUUCAACGGAUCAAAGUUCAUACAGGUGCUUCUUCACUGAUGGUUGCUCGAGGAGCUCUUUGGAAUGCUUCAAUCUUCUCUCCAGAAGGCAAAUUACCAUGGGAAGAUGUGAAAAGAGAAUAUGUUAGGAAGAGCAUCUUGUGGGAUAAUGAUAUCAAAAGUACAAAGUAUACGCUAAAAGAAAUGAUAAUGCAUCAUUCUUGUCUUGAACUGCCAGACGGAAAGGCCGUGAUAAAAUCUGAAUCCCUUGCAGACCUAGCGAAACUUUAUGGUGAGGAAAAAUAUUAUCAAUUUGUUCAAGAGAAUCGGUCUUUCAAUGGAAGUAGAUGACGGUGUUUCACAGAGAUGCUUGUUGCCAUACUUUCAACAUAGAAACCUACCAGACUAGGAGAACCUUGCAGCUAAGCUAUUAUGUCGUUUUAUUCUCAGUAAAACCCAUUUAAUUGAUUAUACAGAUGCAUCAGGUAUAUUACUGAAUCAUUCUUUGGCAUAGUAUGGAGAAGUUGAAUGCUUACGGCAGCAUUAUAUAUUUUAAUAUAUUUUUUUCACCUUUCACCCUUAUGUGUUGAACACACCGAGUUAUUUACCUGCCACAGGUAAUGCCAGUUGUUAUAAAACAUAAUGCCACAGUUAUUAAGAAUAUUGGCGAUGCCCUUGCAGCUGCUUCUUAGA